AUGUUAGAUAACGGCAAAAAUCAACAGAGACUGAAGGAAACCAUUCUAGCUUUAAAGGCCAUAAAGAGAAAAAGGAAGAACUGUUGCUAUUUUCAGAGGAAAGAGGCUGUGAAAUUGAUACAGAUAUCAACAACGGCUGAAUUAUUGGACUGCGGUCAUGUUAUAGCAGCAGUUCGAUGGCUUCUUUCAGUAGAACAAAUCAAACCCAGUACACAUUAUUUUAAGCCGCCCCAUUCUGGAGAUAGCGUCCUAAAUCGGUUUAUGACUCUUGGAGUCACAGCUGCCGUCGCCAUCACCGUUGGCAGCAUCGUAAUAUUCAUUGUCUGCAUUGUAGCCAUUAUCUGCUGCUGCAAGAAAUCGGCCUGUAAAAAAGCGGAUCCAAAUAGUAUCACAACUACAGCAACUUCCGUUGUGACGAACGGAGGUGUAACACCUUUCCAAGGAAAAAUAAAUAAAGCAAAUCCACCUGCAGUGUUCACGCAUGCUCACCAGGGCUAUCAUCCAAUCCAACCCAGUGUUCCAGCAAUCGGACCAGCUUACACACCACUUACCCGGGAGUCGUACACCCAGUCAGCUAGUCCGUAUUCGUCGCAACCUACAUCAUGUCAUCGCUCAGCCACACCUACAAGCAGCAAAUCAGCCAAAUCGAAUCGUUCCAACCAAAGUGUUACUUUCAGCCAAGUUGGCACCAAUUACGUAAAUUCAUCACAAGGAAGGACCACACGGAACCCGUUACAGAUCAUUCAAGAGCAGACUCUUUCCCAUCCAAACCAAGCAUUCAACUAUUCCUGCCAAAUCUACAAAUGAUUCACCACUUCAAUACAAUCAAUCACAGACAAAAACUCUGUUUCAGAGUCAAAUUCAUCUGCAACAAUUACUCGUAUGCUCUGUAGCUGAUUUUGUAGUUGCUUAAUGCUUGUUGUUGGAUGAGCCCAAUGAAUUCCGCUUCAACAGGUCAGUCAUAUUGAGGUUGCUUAUCGUGCAAAGGAGAACUGUUGAUCGAAAAACCUGGUUAUUGAGGACAUCUCGUUCUUUAGAUAUAGAACAGGUGCGCCACCCAUAUUAAUGACGGGACAGAGUUCAAAGACAGACAUUUCGCUGCCAUAAUGAACAAAUUGGUCGACCACGUUGCAGCUCCCUCAUACUUACUUCGUAUGAAGCAUGGACCUUGAUGGUAAUGGAAAAUGUGAUGUUCACGCUUUCCAGAAUUAGUAAAUUUAAAUGUUUGCUACUGGG